AAGCUCAAAAUUAAUUCUCUAGGCUCAAGACUCAAGAGCCGGAUCUAUUCCCUCCAAAGCCCUCCACCCUCCUCAAAUUUUCUCAAUGAAAUCAAGCUCCGUCAAGAUCAAAACCCUAAUCCACACCCUCAUAGUCUCACACGUUUGCCGCAUCGUUCGUGUCAUGGCCAAAGCAAAAUCCAUUAUCAGAGACAUUAUCAAAGAAACCCAGCUCACAAAAACUAGUGCUAGGAAUAAGUACAAGAACAGGAAGAGAGUCUUGGAUUCAUUUAGGCUGCACUAUAACUGGUGCUCUAAUUCACAUGUGGUACCGGUGCCGGCUCGGGUUUUAGAAGCAGCUAGUGAGAACUGCAGCAGCAGCUGGUACUAUGAUCCCUCGUGGAACUCUAUCAUUUCAACUGAUGAGCAGUGUGAAGAGGGUGCAGGGUUAUCAGUUUACCUUCAAUGGCUUGAAGAGUCAGUUGAUGAUGAAGAGGAGAAGAAGAAUGAGAUUAAUCGGCUAGCGGAUUUGUUCAUUGCCAACUGCCAUGAGAAGUUUCUGUUGGAGAAGCAGGAGUCAUAUAGGAUGUUCCAGGAAAUGCUGGCUAGAAGCUUGUAGCUUAAUUGGUUUCUAAUUUUAAUUUGCUCUCCUAUUCUUCUGUGCUGCCUACACUGCCAGGCAGGUAAAUUAUCUAGGAAAGCAAAUAGCUAAUGCACAAAUUAUCUAGGAGGUCUUUCUUUUCUUUUUUUUAUAUGGAUUUUUCUUGAUAUUGGAGUGGGAUUUGAGAGAUUCUAUUUCAUGAUUGGGGGGUUUUGGGUGUUUGUGCAAUUCUUCUCUAGAAAUUGUACCAAUGAUUAGAAUUUAAAUUUUGGGUCUAUUUGGUAUGUUU